CCGCCCCGCCCUCUCUCCGCGCUCCACACUCCACCCGCAACGCUCCACCAGCCGUCGCAUACGCCGAACACAUACAUCUGCUGCAAAAUUGCCCAGGUCCAUACUAGACCCGUUCACCUUCUCGACGUGCGCCAAAUACCAUCGUCAUGCCCGACAAGACCAUUUCCGUGACAUCUUCGUCACACUUCGAGAAGCUCGUAUCCUCAGCCACAUAUACGGUCGUCGACUUCUACGCCGACUGGUGCGGUCCCUGCAAGACCAUCGCGCCCGUAUUCCAUGCGCUCGCCGAGAAAGAGUCCAAGCCGGGUCGUAUCCAGUUUGCGAAGGUCAAUGUCGAUAGCCAGCAGGAAGUUGCGAAAAAGUAUGGUGUAUCUGCCAUGCCAACCUUCCUCGUCCUCAAAGGCAGCUCGGUCGUCGAAACCAUCCGCGGUGCAAACCCGAGCGCGUUGACAGCCGCCGUGCGCAAAGCCGUCCAAGACUCAACGAACGGCCCUGCGGCCCGCGGCCUACACUUCCAGUCUAAGGGCUACACGCUCGGCUCGACAACGGCACCCUCGCGACCGGUCGGCGGCGGUGCUGGGAUCGCGGCAAACCUGCAGAGCAUGAUGAGUGGCAACGGAGGGUUCGGCGACUUGGUGGUCAGGUUCUUUGCGCUGUACUUUGUUAGCUUGCUGAGCUUUGACUCAUAUAAGGCUGCAGAGGAAAGCCCGUUUGCUGUAAGGGCAAGGCGGUGAUUUAUGAGGUCUCGCAUUUGGCAUGGAGUUUCGGUUGGGCUAUGGGGCGUUUAGGGAUACCUUUUGAUGAGCUGUGCUUUGGUCCUGUGGGAGUGAGUCGCGGAUAAAUUAGAACUGGGAAUAUCAUGGUGGAUCGCAGCUGCUUCGGCCUGCCCGUCGAGCCGCUCUUUCGAUUAACUACGUCUUAUCUUUCGGUCGGCUGAAUCCCUCACAAU